AUGUUUGGGCUGCUUGUCAAAGCAGCGCUUACCUUUGCUUCAGUAACCACUACCACAGAUAAUGCUCUUAUUGCAUGUUUACAGAAAGGUGGUACAAGUAAUGCAGUUCUGACGACCUCCAGUCCCGAGUAUAAUACAUCCAGAUUGGCCAAUAUUAAUACAAGAAUAUCAUACUUUCCGACUGCUAUUGUGUUCCCAAAUACAGCCCAGGAUGUCCAAAAGUACGUCAAGUGCGGGGCAGCGAACGGAGUUGCGGUAGUUGGUCGCUCAGGCGGACAUUCAUAUGCUUCAUACGGUGUCGGAGGAAAAGAUGGAGCUCUCGUAAUUGACUUGUCCAAGAUGAAGGCAUUCAGUGUUGACGGGUCCGGUUCAGCAAAAAUCCAGACGGGAAAUAGGUUGGGAGAGAUUGCCGAGAAACUCUGGAUAAUGGUCAACGCGCUCUUCCCCAUGGGGUUUGUCCUUAUGUUGGAUCUGGUACGUGUUCAGGGACAUACUGCCUUUGGAGGAUUCGGUCCAUUCUCCCGCGUUGCAGGGUUGCUUCACGAUCAUGUUACAUCCGCUGAAGUAGUCCUUGCCAACGGGACAAUCACAACUGCCUCGGCUACUCAAAAUCAGGAUCUAUUUUGGGCCCUUCGUGGUGCAGGCGCAUCAUACGGUAUAGUCACCGAGUGGACGUUUUCAACUUUGCCGGCACCCCCAACCGUUAUAUCGUACAGGGUCGAUUAUAAUGAGGUUGUGCUUACUCCUCAACAGGCCAAAGAAUUGCUCAAGAGUUGGCAGAAAAUUGCUCUUUCUGCUCCGGAUAAUCUUUCUGUUAUUUGCUCGAUCGGAAGAGCGCUACCGAUUGGCGGACCUAACUUGUAUCUCGAUUUUCGUGGUACCUAUUAUGGAACCAAAGCUGAAUUUGACGUGCUUAGUUCCAAUUGGAGUAGUAUUUAUAGCCCCGGUAACUUUACAUCCAAGGUUAACAACUGGUACGACGGGCUUGUCGCGCUUAGCGGUCCGCUUUCAACUAGCGAGCCAGAAGCGUCUAUAAAUUUCUUCGCCAAAUCUAUCUUCACCAAGUCGGCCGUCACUACGUCCCAAUGGGACAGGUUGUUCCAAUUUAUCGGCGAGGAAGGGUAUGAUGUGGAUGUAGAUUGGUUCAUCGAGUUUGACAGAUAUGGCGGUGGUGUGUCGAAACGAGCCGCUGACUUUACGUCGUUUGCGCAUCGAGACGCGGUCAUAUCGUUCCAGUUCUUCGCAGGAAUUACGCCGAACCCUUUCCCUGCCGAUGGUGUACCAUUCUUGAACAAAUUAGCCGCCGUGGUGGAUCCCAAUCCCAAGGCAGCAUAUGCCAACUAUGUCGAUCCAACACUGAGCCCCGCACAGUGGAAAUUGCAAUAUUUCGGGAGACACUAUCCUCGAUUGGCGUCGAUCAAACGAGCUGUAGAUCCCAAGAACGUCUUCCGCUUCCCCCAGUCAAUUGGACUGUCUUCAUAG